UGUACUCGCGUAUCGAUUACGGACGUCUGCUCGGGUGGAGCUCGGCAUCUGUACCGUUUGCCCUGCAUCACUUCUUCCAGUGCGUUAGCCUACACGCGAAGUUUCACCCAUGCUAUGAAAAGUCCGCGACAGCUGGAAGCAAUAGCAGCUUGAGCCGAGAACAAUGAAAACAAUUCGUCAUCGAAAGAUGCGUCUACACGUGACUUCGUUAGUUCGAGGGUGCGUGUGCGCAAAGCGAAACCGAGUACACUCUGACAUCUGGAGCGGUGAAGUGAGCAGAUGACGACCGCCGGAGAGGACCCCAACCAGCGGCCUUACUACGUUGACUUCGAUGGCUAUCGCCUUUCUUGUGCGUUCCACGCGGAUCUGCUCAAGUCAGCGCUGGAGUACAAGCCCAGGUCAGACGACGUGUUCGUAGUCACUUUUCCCAAGUGUGGUACGACGUGGGUACAACACAUCGCAUACCUGAUUUACAACGAUGGCCAGAAGCCAAAGGAUGGUCUGGAUUUCCUCAAGAAUAGCCCGUUUCUCGAGAUGACCGGAGCCGGUUGCCUGUUGGCUAUGAAGAGGCCUGGGAUCAUCAAGUCCCAUCUUCCGUACUCCAUGAUGCCCAAGUCUCCCGAAGCAAAGUACAUCUACGUAUGCCGCAACCCUAAGGAUUGUGUAACGUCUUUCUACUACCACACCAAAGGAUUUCCCGGCUACGAGUUCGCCCGCGGCACGUUCCCAACAUUCUUUGACAUCUUCUGCGAGGGCCAGACGGACUUCGGUGACUACUUUGAUCACGUGUUGGGAUGGUACGAACACCGCGACGACCCCAACGUUCUCUUUCUACAUUACGAAGACAUGAAGGCCCAACCACGAGAAAACGUGCUCAAGAUCGCCAAGUUCCUUGGCCAAUCGUACCACGACAGGUUGCUGGAGGAUGCGACCUAUCUGGAGAAUGUGCUCAGGUACAGCGACGUAUCUGCAAUGAAGCAGUACACGAACGAUUCCCUGGUUCAGUUUUUCUCGAAACCCUUGCGCACCGACGGCGAGGAUGACGUGCCAGAGGGACUGAAGCUCUUUCACGAGGUUACGCGCGACCGACCGAGCGAAGCCAAGCUGGUCCGCAAAGGCAUCGUGGGCGAUUGGAAGUCGCACCUCACGCCAGACAUGAACGAGAGGCUAAAUAGCAAGAUCUACGAGAGACUCGCAGGCACCGACUUUAUCGAGGUCUGGAAGCGGUACGGUGUCAUAUAAGCUGGGUUGACCUCAAAACGCUUCCUCCGGGGUUUCGCUGCUAUGCUCUACUUCGCUUCGCAAAACAUGUUAUGCUGACUGCCUGUCAUACUCCCGUCAAUCGCAUGUGCGCAUAAGAAAACAUGCGUAGGCACUCUGAAAUAUCAUUACGCAGGGUGCUUGGGGAUUGCGAGCUACACAGUGGAGCAUUUACGGGUGCGAUAAUUCCAUACGCUGUUGUGGCACCCCAUAAAAGCCAUAGAGAGACGGGGGGAAAUUCACAGCAGCGGGUAUUCAAGGCACUUUCCCGUUUGACAGGUUGGGAACAAGGACCUGCGUAAUCCCUUUGGCGUUGGUUUUUAUUAUUGUUGUAAUUACCGGGUGCUUUUACAAAGUGCUAGAGCAAGUAUCAAAAGAGAGUUGUUAUUUAAUGCCUUCUAUGCAGCAAGAAACCUCGCAUUCGCUUGAAUGGUUUCUCCCACAACCAAACAUCUGCCCCAAUACUUUAAUUCCGACUCUCGAGCUCAUCCUCGGAGGCGUUUUAUGCGCUUGAAUCUACAUUCAUUUCUGGUGAACAUCCCAGCCUUCUCUUUUUAUUUCCUCCUCUUCCUGAAUUUACACUAUGGCAAUCAGGCGCGCAGUUCGCGAGAUUACGCAAAAAUUGUGUUUUGCAAUGGGAAUGGGGAAACGUCUCUUUUUAUUUUUUAGAAUAAUGGCAUUCUCAUUUAGGACACGGACUAUUUUGCGACACAAGGGCAGCAAUUCAGAGUCUACGUUUUCACAGAAAUGGUUGGUCUCCUACCCGAAGACUCAACCAACAACAAUGAUGAUCUAGCCAGAGCCGGCACAAUCGCCAUGACAUUGUAGAUAGCCGGGAAAAGAACGCAAAAAUUAAACGUAAUACUCUGCAAGAUGAACUAGAAGUAUCGCCCUUAACCCUGCAAUGAGCAGACACACAACAGCUAAAUAUUAUUAUUACGCCUACCUAAUCUAAAGCUAAUAAGUUGCUGCGUCUUCCCACUGUCGAAAUAUCAUAAUUCGACGCGGUUAUCAAGGCCGAUCGCUUUUUCUAGGCGUCAUUAGAAGGCUAACUGCAGCGAAAUGGCACUUUGUCUAGAGAGGUAAUCGAUGACAAGCCUAUACUAUUGAAGCAACCUUGGCAAAGUUGCAAGGCUGGUAAUUGUAUAAUUUUUCUUAUUAGCGGCCAUUAAACAGCCCACCCGCCGUUGUGGCAUAGUAACGUCGACGUUGCGCUGCCAAGCCCGAGGGCGCUGGAUCAAAUCCCGGCUGCGGUGGCCGCAUUUCGAUGGGGGCGAAAUGGAAAAGCGCCCGUGAGCCACGCAUUAGGUGCACAUUAAAGAACCCCAAGUAGAAAAAUGCAAUCCGGAGUCCCGCACUGCGGCGUGCCUCAUAAUCGUACCAUAGUUUUGGCACGUAGAGAGACAGACAGACAGACAGACAGAUAGACAAAUAACUUUAUUUACAUGGUCCUGAGAAUCUUAAAACCCCCGAAUUCAUUUUUAAGGUGAACGCCUUACAUCUCUGUUUCAAGGUCGCGUUGUGAGGUACAGAAAAUCGAAGCGCUCAUGCCACUGCCCGCGCGUUCGUCGUCGUGUUCCUCCACAUCGCUGCCACAUCGACGCUGGUAAUCAUGCCAGAAAAGUCACAGUUAAUUAGCAUAGAUUUAAGGCACUCUAACCCACGACCUUUGGUGUUAAUUAGGCCGAAGUUGAUUAAGGCACAGUUAAUUAAGGUAGGUUUAAUUAAGACACUUGUACCCACUACCUUCAGUGGGAGAAAACAGGUAAUCAGAAGUAACAACGCAUUCGAAUGAGAAUGUCAAGGAAUUAAAUGGAUGUCUCUUGA